AUGGCCAUGUUCAACAUCCAGUCGAAGCUGCAAAGACUCAAGGGCGGCCACCAAACGCUUAUGGACCGGCUUUUCGUUAUCAAAUCCGCCGAUCUGGUCGAGGUCGAGCGUCCUCGGAUCGGAUACAGAAGAACCCUUACCUGCUUUGAUCUCGUCCUGCUCGGCGUCGGCGGCAUCAUCGGUGCCGGCAUCUUCAUCAUCACCGGCAGGGCCGCGCACGAUCUCGCGGGCCCGAGCAUCGUGAUUUCGUUUCUAAUCUCGGGGUUCGUCUGUGCCCUGGCCGCAAUCUGCUACGCCGAGCUCGCAUCCAUGAUCCCGCUCUCGGGCUCGGCAUACACUUACACAUACAGCACUAUGGGCGAGAUCGUCGCCUGGAUCAUCGGAUGGGACCUGAUCCUCGAGUACCUCGUUGGCGCUGCAGCUGUAGCCUCGGCCUGGUCCAACUACUUUGUCUCGUUUGUGCAUGAUGCCAGCGGGCGAUCCGACAUCUUUGAUCCCCGCCUCGUCAAUGCCCCGGUGCAGUGGAUCAACAACCCCGUUCCUGGAUUCUAUCCGGUCGUUGUGGUUCUUCCGGACGGCUCGCAGGCGAAUGCCAUUGUGAAUCUCCCUGCUGCCUUAAUCUCGCUGUUGAUCAUGUCGGUGGUGGCCGCGGGAAUCCGUCAGUCCUCAACGACGCUGAACAUCAUCGUUGUGCUCAAGUUUGUGUGCAUUCUCAUCUUCAUCGGCACCGGCCUGUCGUAUAUCCAGCCGGCGAACUACACCCCGUUCAUUCCACCAUACGACCCCACUACCGAAGCAUACGGCAUGGCGGGUAUGUUCAAGGCCAGUCUUCAAGUGUUUUACGCAUAUCUCGGCUUCGACGUCGUCUCGGCGACGGCACAAGAGGCUCGAUUUCCCAAGCGCGAUGUGCCCAUCGGCAUCAUAGGCUCGCUCUCGAUCUGCACCCUUCUGUACAUAUCGGUGUCGGUUGUCUUGACCGGCAUCCUCCCGUACCAGCAGAUCCCCACGGAUGCCCCCGUAGCCAACGCCAUGCGCAUCGUCGGUGCACCGGCCCUGGUCCCCGUCAUCAUCGAGUUUGGUGCUGUCGUUGGACUCGCCUCGGUGAUGCUUGUCGCCAUGAUCGGCCAGCCUCGCAUUUUCCAAACGAUGGCCCAGGACGGCCUGCUGCCGGAGUUUCUCGCCAAGAUCCACCCGCGCACUCGGACACCGCUGCCUGCCGUUAUCUUGAGCGGGAUGCUCUGUGCUGUCCUUGGCUCGGUAUUCCCGGUGGGCUUACUGGCCGAUCUGACCUCGGUCGGCACCCUGCUUGCAUUUAUACUGGUGUCGCUCUCGGUAUGGAUUCUGCGCUGGCGCCAGCCCGAGCGAGAGCGGCGAUUCCAGAUCCCUGGAGGAUUCUGGAUUGGAGGCAACCUGGUUCCCUUGCUCAGCGCAACGACAUCGGCUGCCCUGAUCUGGAUGGGCGGAAACAUUGCAAUCACUCUCAGGGUGAUCAUAUGGCUGCUUAUUGGCUUGCUCGGGGUUUACUUCCCCUAUGGCAUUUGGAACUCGAGAAAUCGGUAUCCUCUGGUGCCGGAGAAAGUGAACGAAAACUCGCAGUCCAAUAGCAAUUCCUCCGACAGCCAUGAGCCGCUUGUUAUUGAUGAGCAUGAGGCAGAGCCCGCAAAUUGAAGCGGAGUGCUCUCCUCCGAAGCCAGAUGCUGCUACUUUCGGAGUCCCGGAUGCACACUCGAAAAUACACACAUGGUGCAUCCAUUCCAUCCGCGAUCAUGGCUUUCUGUGGCAUUAUCGCAGAGGGUCCGUGACAUGGGCCGUGGAAACGGCGGCAGUGAC